GCUCUCGGAGACUUGUUGGGAGCUGUUAAACAGCUGCUACUUUCACUCUCUGCCUGUUUUCUUGCUGGACCUAGCGUUUUUUUUCUGGAGAGCCCAACUGCGGGACUGUGAAAGAGGCUCUGUUAGCGCCACGCAACCCAUCAGCCAGUAAAGGUUGCCUUUAUUUUUCCCGUCAGUGCCUCUGUGCCCUGCUGGCUGGUGAGGGCUUGUGUAAGACGCGGCACAGCUCAUAUCUGCUUCAGAACGUAACAAUUAGCAGCGUAACUAUCAUGAUGGCUCAUAAGGAUACGGCUAUAAUUAGGUCAAGCUGUCUUGUUUGUUAAACUCCCCUUCAGCUCCCAAACUUGGCACUGGGAAUGAACUUUGGGCCUUUUUUAGGCUUGCUGUCAGUCUGUCCUGGCAAAGGGCGCUGGGAAGCCGCGCUCUCGCUCCCCUGCUCGCUGCCGGAGCCCGUGGGCAGAGGCACGCUGCCCUCCUCUCCCUCCCACAGGGGCUGCUGAGCUGCCAUGGGCAACACCACCAGCGAGCGAGUGUCUGGGGAGCGCCAUGGCUCCAAGUCCCACCGCUCCGACGGCUCCAGCACGCCCCACGCUGCCAAGGAGCACCCGCACAAGAUCAUGGUGGGCAGCACCGACGACCCCAGCGUGUUCAGCUCCCACGACUCCAAGCCAGGCUCUGGUGUUCUUUGUCAGAUUCCUGGGGACAAGGAGUUUGUGUCGUGGCAGCCGGAUCUGGAGGAGUCGGUGAAACCAUCCCAACAGGCUCGCCCCACUGUCAUCCGCUGGGCUGACGGGGGCAAAGAGGUCUUCAUCUCCGGAUCUUUCAACAACUGGAGCACCAAGAUCCCGCUCAUCAAGAGCCACAACGACUUUGUCGCUAUCCUGGACCUCCCGGAAGGAGAGCACCAGUACAAAUUCUUUGUGGACGGCCAGUGGGUCCACGACCCAUCCGAGCCUGUGGUCACCAGCCAGAUGGGGACGAUUAACAACCUGAUUCACGUCAAGAAGUCUGACUUUGAGGUGUUCGAUGCUUUGAAGGUGGAUUCCCUGGAGAGCUCAGAAACCUCAGGUCGGGACUUAUCAAGUUCACCACCCGGACCGUACGGCCAAGAGAUGUACGUAUACCGGCCCGAGGAGCGCUUCAAAUCCCCACCCAUCCUCCCGCCUCACCUCCUCCAGGUCAUCCUCAACAAGGACACCAACAUCUCGUGUGACCCAGCCCUGCUGCCUGAACCCAACCACGUCAUGCUCAACCACCUCUACGCGCUCUCCAUCAAGGACGGCGUGAUGGUGCUCAGCGCCACGCACCGCUACAAGAAGAAGUACGUCACCACGCUGCUCUACAAGCCCAUCUGAGCUGGGGCCUCACCCGCCCCCCACGCGGGACACGAAAUGCCACUUUGUCUGCACACGCUGGGCCACGGGACUUGUGUGGGGACUGGCCGCUGGCUCCAGCCUCAAACCCGGCAGGGACACAGGCCCCGGUGAUGAGCCUGAGCCUGCUGGGGCCUGUGACACUGUCCCAUCCUACUGGUGUGGUUUGAUUUAACCCUUGGUUUCCACCCA